AGAUUACCCCUGUCAUCCACAUGCGACUUGGUUCGACUGAAGCUCAGUUUACGCAAGAACUCGAACUGGCCAACCAUGUCAAAUCCUGCGGUCAAAUGGAGUUAAGGGUAUCCAAAGCAAACCUCACUACCGAGAUUGACUCACUCCGCCUGGAAACCCACCACACUCCGAAGGCCCCGAUGUUUUCAGUUCCUCACUGUGCAGUUGAAGGAAACGCGCUUCAUCUUGUUUGGCAUUCGACUGGCUCUAACCGAGACACACCACCCCUAUGUGAUCGAUUCCUUUCUGAUUACCAUCAAAUGUACGAAACUGUUCCAGGUUCGAGGGAGAACGGAGCGGCUAAACUAUCCGUCAUGAACAUUCCAACAACAUGCCCCAGUCGAUCGGAUUCUUCAAUGAACGUCAACGUGAAUAGCGUGUCCAGUUGCAGACCAAAGCAAAAUUUAGGGAGAUUGAACGGACACUUACCAGCGUCCGUUUCCGCUUACCUAUUGUCGAGUCCUGGAUUGCCAGAUAAAACAUCAAACUGCCUGGUGGUGACCACAGUGAGUCCCAGAAAGCCUCGUCUCCAUGGUUCCUUUACUUCCAUUUCUGGUCAUACGACAAAUUCAAGAAGUGGCGAAUGGCAUAAUUGCGCUUUGGAGGAAACUGGUGCCAGCAGACCAGUCUACAAGGAGUUGGAACCUGUCACUUAUUCUCUGGAAGUGGAUGACGGUCGAGGAGGUCCUUUCAAAGUUGCAUACACUGGUCGGGAGACAAAAUGUCGACUGGAAGGUUUGCAGUUUAACACAACCUAUCGACUGCGCGUUCGUGCAUCCAAUCCCGUGGGUUACAGUGCUUACGGAGACAUUUUGACACUGACCACACCACGACUUGCGAGCUUUCGCAUGGAAGUUCCAAGUGCGCUAUCUGCACCACGUUUCGGUAGUGUACCCCAUCUGGAUCCGGACGGGCUCCGAAUAUGCGGAAAUGGUGAUGCCGAAGACCACGUUAUACUCGGCAGUGUUGGCUUCUCCAAAGGUCUGCAUUACUGGGAAUGGCGCGUUGAGACGUACGAUGGGCGUGGUCAGCCUUCUUUUGGUGUGGCUUUGCAUUCCGUGGCAAAGGAACGUAUGCUGGGACUGGACAAUGCUGGUUGGGCGAUGUAUCUCAACGCCAGCCGGUCUUGGUUUCUACAUGCCGGUCAACAUCGAGAUCGUACCGAUGGUGGAAUCGCUGUGACAAAGGCACAAUCACCGAACGAGAAUGAAACACCCCACUGCAAACGAAGCUCACCUGCAACCAGUACUGUUGGCGUCCGACUAGACUGCGACCGGGGAACUUUGGGAUUCUACCUCAAUGGUGUGCCACACGGUCCGAUAGCUUUCGUUGAUCUACCUUGCGUCGGCAAAGCUGAGAAGUCAAACUGCAGCCUGCUAUAUCCAGCUGUUAGCCUAAGCUACCACACAUGUGUACGCCUCAUCACCGGGCUUGAGGCACCGAGCGAGAGCGAAGAGUCUAGCGACGCUUCCGAGGCAGAAUACGACUUGUCGAUAGAUUCUACAUCACAGUCUGUGAAAAUCAAGUCUUCUAUAAUCACCCAGUGCAGCACGAACGGGCUACUAACUGAACAUGACUUGUCUAAAGAACAGCACAUGAGCGAUGACAAAUGACAUGUGUACGACGAUUCGGCAAAUACUUCAAGUGACAUUAGUUGACUUUCAAGAAUCACCACCACCGGAUUAAUUAGAAAAAAGUCAACAAUCACACUUGUGUACCUCACUGGGCCUCUAUAAUGUCUCCUGUGCUUGGGUUGCCCAGUCACUUUGGAAAGGUAUGUUCUGUAUCCAAGUCUCCCUGCCUCAAGCGUGUAUCCGCGUCCGCUACUUUGCCUCAUAAAUGUAUAUAAAAUUUCAGGAAAUACAACUAGUAGCAC